AUCAAGAAUCAAGAAUCAAGAUCACUACUCAAUCCUCCAAGAUGACAUUGAGCAGAGUUCACCAAGAAGUUAUUGCAUUUCCUGCAGCCAAGACUGCUACGAUGAGUUACUUGCCUGACCCAUCUUCCAUCAACAAGCUCCAAAUCCCAACUUCUUCCAAGUUUUCUUUUUUAACAGGCAAAGGAAAAUCGAUGCUGCGAAAGAAGAAAACCGAUAGCUUCACAAACGGAGCUAGAGAUCAGGACAAGUUAGGACCCAAGCUAACUGAAACAGUCAAGAGAAAGUUAUCCUUGGGAGCUAAGAUCCUUCAAAUGGGAGGCUUAGAGAAGAUCUAUAAGAGACUCUUCAAGGUCUGCAAUGAUGAGAAACUGUUCAAGGCGUACCAAUGUUACCUAUCGACAACUGCAGGUCCCAUCGGGGGCCUACUCUUCAUCUCAUCAAAGAAGAUUGCAUUCUGCAGCGAGAGAUCGAUAAAGGUGGCUUCUCCUCAAGGAGAUCUCACUAGGGUUCAUUACAAAGUCACAAUCCCCUUGUGCAAGAUCAAUGGAGUAAACCAGAGUCAGAACACAAAGAAGCCAUCUCAAAAGUACCUUGAAGUUGUCACGGUCGACGGCUUUGACUUCUGGUUCAUGGGAUUUGUGAGCUACCAAAAAGCUUUCAAUUGUCUCGAGCAAGCGCUAAACAAUGAUAAGCAAUAAACCGCAGUGGUUUUCUCUGAGGAGUUAAUUAGUGCAGGUAGUUGGGGAAAUAUUUCAUUUCUACUUUCACCUGUUUCAAUCAGAGAAUGUAGGAGAGAGCCUAGUAGAGACUGACAAUAUUGUUUGUACAAACUCUUCUUUUUUUUUUGCUUUACCAUUUUGGUUUCCAUUGUAGAAACGAGAAAGACACGAAUAUAUUUAGCUGAUCUCA